GAUGUGGGCGUGGCCAGCAGAACAACCGGAGGGCAAGUGACGACGAGUUGUGUUAUCAAACGACUUGACUUCUGUUCGGCCCACCGUACUACUGUCGCUCUACAGGCCGGAGACAUGUUCGCCCUACGAAGCCUCUCCCGUCUUGGGUCGAGACUUUCAGUCCCCGCUCUUGCGAGAAGAGGAUGCUCCGGUUCCGCCAUGGCGUUGGACGACGUGGUGAAUGGACUGACCGAAGAUCAGAUCCAGCUUCGAAAUUCGGUUCGAAAAUUUUUGGCAGAAAAGCUAGCCCCUUAUGCAGACGAAAUCGACAAGAAAAACGAAUUUGCUGGAAUGCGAGAAUACUGGAAAGACAUGGGGGAGAUGGGUUUACUCGGCAUCACUGCUCCAGUGGAGUACGGGGGAACCGGGCUGGGAUACCUGGAGCACGUCAUUGUGAUCGAGGAGAUGUCCCGGGUGUCUGCAGCCAUAGCUCUAAGUUACGGCGCCCACUCCAACCUCUGUGUCAAUCAGCUGGUGCGCCAUGGCAACGAGGAGCAGAAGGAGAAGUAUAUGCCUAAGCUGGUGACAGGAGAGCAUGUAGGGGCCUUGGCUAUGAGCGAGCCCAACGCCGGCUCCGACGUCGUGUCCAUGAAGCUGAAAGCUGAGAAGAAAGGUGACUACUACGUUUUAAACGGCAACAAGUUUUGGAUCACAAACGGGCCGGACGCAGACGUGCUCAUCGUCUAUGGGAAGACGAACCCAUCAGCACAUCAGAAAGGCAUCACAGCCUUCAUCAUUGAAAAGGGCAUGCCAGGUUUCUCCACAGCGCAAAAGUUGGACAAGCUGGGCAUGAGGGGAUCCAACACCUGUGAGCUGCUCUUUGAAGACUGCAAGGUUCCAGAGAAAAACAUCCUUGGGCCUCUUAACAAAGGCGUGUAUGUGAUGAUGAGUGGCCUGGACAUAGAGAGACUCGUACUCGCAGCAGGACCAAUCGGCAUCAUGCAAGCGGUCUUGGACUUUUCUGUUCCUUACCUCCACAUCAGGGAGGCAUUUGGGCAGAAGAUCGGACAUUUUCAAUUAAUGCAAGGAAAGAUGGCGGACAUGUACACGCGGUUAAGCUCCUGUCGGCAGUACCUCUACAACGUGGCCCGAGCUUGUGACCAAGGACACUUCAGCGCCAUGGACUGCGCUGGAGUGAUCUUGUAUUGUGCUGAGAAUGCGACUCAGGUUGCAUUGGAUGGCAUUCAGUGUCUUGGCGGGAACGGCUACAUCAACGACUACCCAAUGGGCCGCUUCCUCAGAGACGCCAAGUUGUACGAAAUCGGCGCCGGCACGAGUGAGGUCCGGAGACUGAUCAUUGGACGAGCCUUCAACGCCAUGUACAAGUAGGGCUGGAGCGGCCGUCUAUCGAGCCCCACCCCCUGGCUGAACCGGACACCUGCCUCAAAUCAUUGCACAACUCCAGGCCUUAUGAUUCGGUCUCCUCCAGCUCACCCGGUCGCAUUUCAUCACAGGAUUAGAUCGCACCGGACUUCAAGUUUUAAAUUAAACGGACUAUUUUGUUUUGUAAUAUACGGUUGAUUUGUUGAUUUGCUCUCCAUUUAUUGACAUCUCUGCUGCUGAUAUUUUUGAGGGACGUUUUCAUUCAUUACCAGUCGGUUCCACAGAACCGACUGGUAAACUGAAAGUCAUGACUGAUGCAAUAUUUGUGGCACUAAUCCGCCCAGAAGAAACUGGACCAGUGAAAAGAUAAAUACAUAACAAUAUACUAUUUUUUGAUCUGAAUACUUCUGGCUUGAGGUUGUGGACCUAAUUGUAGACUUUUGGAGUGUACCGUCGAUUUUUGGAAAUCGAUAGUAAUGUUAUUUCUGUCAUUUGGAUCUUCCUGAGCUGAGGUUUUGUUUCUGAUUCCACAAGAGACCUGGGUACACGACGACGGUAGAUGAGCAAUAUGAUAUUGAAUAUGAACAUAAGCUAAUAUAACCAGGAGGAGAGUUAGGUUUUUAUACACAUGAACAUUGCCUAUUGUAGGCUCCUGAAAAAUGUUGUAUAGAAAUCUUUGUUAAUUUCUAGAGUAAGCGUAAUAAAAGGUUGCACUAAAACCGAUUUUUAACAUUUUGCCAUCUCCUUCCUAAAGGAUGUGAUGUCUUUUUCUGACUGUCGUAGUUUGUUUGAAUGGAAAUAAAAAAAGGCUAAAAGCAGUCCAAGUGAAUGUGAUUGCCUACCGUAACCAUGGUCUUUCUGCAUACCUCUACCCCAACCUCUACUAUCAACUAAUCUGAGUAAUGCUGAAUAUGAUCUCAAUCGGUAUCCCAAUUGAAAGAUGGCUUUGCAGUUGACCUAAGCUCCUAGGUACUGGUCUGAACACUAGAACUGAAACAGAAGGGGAACGUAAAGGAAAGAUUCAAAGUCUGUUCUGUUUUGAGAACACUUCAGAUAGUUGCGAUCUGAAACACCAUUGUGUGUUUCAUAACAUUUCCUGCUGUUUGAAUUUAUUAUGGGGGGGAAACAAUAUUGCAUAUGUUCACUUUACUUUUGAAACAAGCGAGUAAAUGUUUCACUGGAGCAACAAUAAUCAAGCAAUAAACAAGUUUGUUUCUUUGGCGUAGCCAGUUCUGGUGGGACACUCUAUUCAUGCAACCUUUAUCAGCUGACAGCUAUCGCAGUCCAAUGAAACGCUCGUACACUGAGGCCCAAUAUUAUACCACCAGUGUGAAUGUGAUCAGCCAUUACAAGCCGUGUUGAAAUUCUGCCUCUUCUGACAUCACAAAUGGGCGUUUUAGUGGCUUGUAAUGGCUAAUCAAACACACCUGGUGGUAUAAUGUGAGACCUUUAAGACCUUCCAUCUCAAACACACACUUAAGUGUGCUGAGCUGAAUUCCCCCCACAACUCCAGCCUCCACAUGCUCUGGCUAUGCUCUGUAUCGCAUACAACCUACAUAAUGGGAUGAGAUGUCACUCUACCCCAUGGGGGUUUGUUAAGUGCUCCCUGUUGCCAAACGUUGUUGUUAUUCUGUAUCUGACAUCUGUAUGUCAGGCUUUAAAUCCUACAGCAGGCAGCACCAGGAAAGACACAAUACAGCCAAACUAAAGUGUGCGACCACUUAAUGUAAUUAAUGGUUCAAUCUAAAACAUGAGUGAUUCCUGGCAGAACUAGUUUUAGGCAGUUGUUUGCUAUGUCAGAUCAAAUCCAAUUCAUUGACACACAGUUGUCUGCAAGUCUUUGAAUUAUUAAUCGGUUCAAGAUCGUUGAUCAUCAUGAUCUGAAAGCCCUUUUGUAACCAUAAUCUCUCUGAUUCAUGUACAAUCAAUGUUUUUGACAGACUUUAAUAGUAUUUAAUGUUGCUUCAUAUACUUCAUUAAUGCAGUUCUCCUACUCGUAUUUUGUUGAAAUGGCUUUGGAAAAAUAUUGGAAUGUUUAUUUUCUCUUAGUAAUUUGAUAAUCACUCAUUGGUUUGGACAAGUAAAUGUCAACAUUGUUUUCUCUGUUUGCUAGUGUUGGAAACUGUUCUGCUACAUCCAGAAGAUUCACUGCCAUUGGUUUGGACAUAUCGACUUUUCACUCUAUAAUAGCCCCACCAAGCCCUUAAUGAAUUGUGACUUGUCUAACCAUGUUA